GAAUCCAGUCCUCUCUUAUAGAGAAGAGCCUUACGAUAAGAACUCGACAUGUUUGGUGUCUUUAACACCUUCCUUUGUCUACUUCUUGCACAGUGUAUUACUUCUGAGGUCUUUCUCCAGACCAAGGAUGCCAACCAGGUCUUCACACGCCGCCGGAGGGCCAACAGCAUAUUCGAGGAGCUUAAAAAAGGUGACAUGGAGCGCGAGUGCAGAGAAGAGCGCUGCUCCUUCGAGGAAGCCCGCGAGAUCUUUGAAGACAAUGAAAAGACGAACGAAUUUUGGAAUGUUUAUCAUGACGGGGAUGCAUGUCUGUCUCAGCCAUGUCUUAACAAGGGAGUGUGUAAAGAUGGAAUAGGACGAUAUACAUGUUUCUGCCCCGCCGUGUACCAGGGGUCCAACUGUGAGAUUGCCAUUCCAUUACUGUGUGAGGACAAAAACGGUGGCUGCGAUCACUUCUGCAAAGUCAUGAAGGAGACCUCCGUCUGCUCAUGCGCUAAAGGUUAUAAACUGGCAGCUGAUGGAAAAUCCUGCUACUCCGACGAGCCUUUCAAAUGUGGCCACGUGUUUCCAAAGCCCACAAGAAGCCUUAUCAUACACGAUCCAGAGGAAAACGACAACAGUACUGGGAACGCCACCGUCCACGCUAAUGGAACUGAUACCAGUGCGAAGAAUCUUGUGAACACCACUUCCUCUCCACAGGACCUGGCACAUAUAGAUAAUGUAUUAGGACUCGACUUAGAGAAACUGAGUCCAGUAACGUAUGUAGAGGAAAUCCCAGUGAUUCCUGAAAGAGCUGGAGAUACACGAAUCGUGAAUGGGGAGGACUGUGCGCCCGGAGACUGUCCGUGGCAGGCUCUCCUAGUGAACGAGGACAAGAUCGGCUUCUGUGGAGGGACCAUCCUGAACAAGUACUUCAUUCUGUCUGCUGCGCACUGCAUGAACCUGUCUCGCUCCAUCACUGUGGUACUAGGUGAAUUCGACACGCGGAGAAGAGAAGGCCGAGAGGCGACUCACGCUGUCGAGCAGGUCCUGGUGCACAGAGAGUACGUCCCUGAGACCUACCACAACGACAUCGCCCUCAUCAAGCUCGUCAAGCCCAUCACCUUCACCAAGUACAUCCUCCCAGCAUGCCUCCCUGAGCGCGACUUCGCCGAGCGGGUGCUCAUGCAGCAGAAGGAGGGCAUGGUGAGCGGGUUCGGCCGCCUCAGCGAGGGAGGCCCGCAGGCCACCGUCCUGCAGAAGCUCACCGUGCCCUACAUAGCCCGUACCACCUGCAUGGAGUCCACCAAGUUCAAGAUCACCCUGCGCAUGUUCUGCGCCGGCUACGACCAGGUGGCCAAGGACGCAUGUCAGGGGGACAGCGGCGGCCCACAUGUCACCAGGUACAAGGAUACUUGGUUUGUGACAGGCGUGGUAAGCUGGGGUGAAGGUUGUGCUCGCAAAGGCAAGUAUGGCGUCUACACGCAGGUUUCCAAGUACCACAAAUGGAUCGAGUCCGUCAUGGACAGAGUCAUGCCUAAGAACAAAGACACGGAAAAGGCCAGGAAAAAGAGAGAGGUGCCUGUGUACCCGCCUGUGAUACGAGUGUAAGGGAGAAUUAAAUAUGUGUAAAAAUGAUAUGCAACAUGACUUAACUAGUAAUUAAAAAAACACUAAAUAAAGAUUGUAUACUGGUUUAAUCUUUA